ACUGUGUACAAAGUGGGAGUGCUCAUGGCCUCUCGCUUGGACUCACCGUUUGAUUUAGAGCGCUGUGGCCCAGCUGUGGACCUGGCUUUGGACAAAGUGAACGAGAAGUUCCUUGCUCAUCAUAAUGUUGAACUGCAAAAAGUUCAGGGCAGUUACCCAACUUGCUCGGGAGCCAUCGCCCCGGGGCUGGCGGCGGAUAUGCACUUCAAAGACGACGUGAUCGCCUUCGUGGGCCCGGCCUGCGCCUUCGCCCUGGAGCCCGUCGCGCGCCUCGCCGCUUACUGGAACACACCGAUCAUCACAGGCAUGGGAGAUCAGCCACCAUCGGAAGGAGAGCUGGCAGCUCCAGCAAGCGUCGUCAGCCGAAUGCACAGACUGAGAAAUCUACGAAAGGGCACUCGGCCGCAAACCUUGUUCAAUGAUAAGGGCAAGUACCCCACUUUGACGCGGAUGUCCUACUGCCAGUGCCGACUGCCUCGAGUCUUCACCAGCGUGUUCGAACGCUUCGGUUGGUCCCAUGUCGCAUUGCUGUUGGACAAGUCGGAUUUGUUUUCACUUACUGUUGGUAAAAGCCUCGAAUGGGGUCUAAGGAAGGAGGGUGUGUUAAAAGCAGUUCGGGAACUAGACGGCAACGAAAGGGAGUCCUGCGAAGCACUUCUGAAGGAUGUCAGCAUGUAUGCAAGAGUUGUAAUACUGAGUGUACGUGGGUCUCUCGUACGUGAGUUUCUGCUGGCCGCACAUUCUCUCGGCAUGACACGUGGAGACUGGGCGUUUUUGGACGUGGAAAUAUUUCAGGGUGGUUACUGGGGCGAGACCGGGUGGGCGGCGGGCGACGAACGUGAUGCAGCUGCGAGAGCCGCCUACGAGGCUCUACUGAGGGUCUCUCUCAAGCUACCAACUGGCGAUCGCUUUGACGAGUUCGCAGACACUGUCCGUACGCGUGCCAAGUUACAUUAUAACUACACUUUCUCGGAUGGAGAAGAGGUGAAUUUCUUCAUCGGAGCUUUCUAUGAUGGCGUGUAUUUGUUGGGUAUGGCGCUGAACGAGACUUUGACGGAAGGUGGUGACAUCAGAAAUGGACGAAACAUCACUAGCCGAAUGUGGGGACGGGAUUUUCACGGUAUAACUGGCCAUGUGCGUAUUGAUUCGGUUGGCGAUCGCGAUGCCGACUACGCCAUCUUCGAUUUGGACCCUGUUACUGGAAAAUUUGAGGUUGUGGCUUUUUACCAUGGCCUAAACAGUAGCUACAAGCCUGUGGCCGGGAAAGCCAUCCACUGGCCGGGCGGCAAACGAGGACCACCCCCGGAUAAGCCGCGUUGUGGGUUCCUUGGAACGGACCCUAUGUGUCAAGGAGAGGCGCAGGCCGUGUUGAUAUAUUGCUUUAUUGGCCUGGCUGUUUUCCUUACUGUGGCUGUGACGGCCGGAUGCGUUGCCUACAAGCAAGUGCGUAUCGAGGCAGAGCUGAACAAUACUGCGUGGCGCGUGCGGCCCGAGGAAGUGUUGGUUGAAGUCGGCACCGGUCUAGGCACCAGCCCCGCGCUGCACAGCAUCAAUGAAGUACUUAAGUUAUCCUUGGGCUGGAGCGCCCGCAGCUCAGGCUCGCUGGGCACACCGGUCACCCUGUCCCCCUUCACAGUAGGCCUGUACAAAGGCAAUCGCGUCGCUGUCAAAAAGAUUCACAGAAAGAAACUGGACUUGAACAAGAAGUUACUUUGGGAGAUAAAACAGGCUCGCAACGUCUCCCACGAGAACACAGCGCGUUUUAUCGGCGCGUGUGUCGAUUGUCCUCUGAUGUUCAUCCUGACGGAGUACUGCCCGAAAGGAUCGUUGAAGGAUGUGCUCGCCAACGAAGAGUUACAACUGGACUGGAACUUCCGCACUUCGCUAGUCCAUGAUAUUGUACAGGGUAUGUGCUACCUACACAGCGGGUUGGGCGCGCACGGAAAGCUGCGUUCCUCGAACUGCCUCAUCGAUGGACGUUUCGUGCUGAAAAUAUCCGACUACGGUCUGAACACCCUCUGCACGCCCACCGACUUGAUUAAAGACGAUGCCUACUAUUUCAAACUCCUAUGGACAGCUCCCGAAUUGGUGGCAGGCAGCGUGUACCCUGGCGUGGUGGCAUCACUUAAAGGGGAUGUUUACAGCUUCGGCAUUAUCCUUGAAGAGAUCGUGCUGCGCGCCGGACCAUUUCAUCAUUAUACACCUGCUAUGACAAAUAAAGAAAUCGUGUCCCGUGUUAAUGCUCGAGAGUCUCCACCAUUCCGCCCAGUAGUGGGGCUGGGAGAAGUGGGAUCCGCGGGCGGUGCUGCUGCUGAAUUACUAGAGCUUGCGGCGAGAUGUUGGGCUGAUGCGCCCGAUGACAGACCUUCAUUUGACACCAUCAACGCUAAUUAUAUUAAGGGCUAUUGCGACAAUUUGAUGGAUGAUCUGUUGCGGCGUAUGGAGCAGUAUGCGAAUAAUCUCGAGUCACUCGUAGAAGAGAAGACGGAACAACUGUCUUUGGAGAAGAAGCGAUCAGAGGAAUUGCUGUAUCAGGUCUUGCCAAGGCCCGUGGCUCAGCAGCUGAUGGCAGGCGAAGUGGUGCAGCCGGAAAGCUUCGAGUGCGUCACCGUGUACUUCAGUGACAUCGUCGGCUUCACCGAGCUAUGCGCCGCUUCCACUCCCAUCCAAGUCGUCGACCUUCUCAAUGACUUGUACAGCACUUUUGACAGGAUCAUCGGUUUCUAUGAUGUGUAUAAGGUGGAGACAAUUGGAGACGCGUACAUGGUAGUGUCAGGGUUGCCAGAACGUAACGGUGAUUUGCAUGCCAGGGAAAUAUGCCUGAUGGCACUAGCUGUAGUGGAAGCGGUCCGGACUUUUGUAGUCAAACAUCGACCAACACAUCGACUUGAGGUGCGUGUAGGGGUGCAUUCAGGACCAGUAUGCGCAGGAGUGGUUGGAGUCAAGAUGCCACACUACUGUCUGUUUGGCGACACUGUCAACACUGCAAGCAGGAUGGAAUCUACUGGACAACCACUAAGGAUUCAUCUAAGCGAGAAUACACGAGCUCUUUUAGACCAAUGGGGUACCUUCGUAGUCGAAAGACGUGGAGAAGUGGAACUGAAGGGACGCGGUCGCAUGCUCUCACACUGGCUCCUUCACUGCUCGGAGCCUGAAGCUCGACUCCUGGCCCCGAGUCCUCAGCCACCGCCUCAAUACCCGAUACUCUUCACUGCAUUGCCACAAGCCACUAUGACCAUACAUACUCCAUAUUUAGUGGUUGAUCCACCAACUAUAGCUGCCUAAGGACGAUAAUAUUAUCUUAUUUGAAAUUCAGAUGUAUUAAUUUCUAUCAUAUUUCUAGGUAGUUAUUUGGUUCUGUAAUAGUAAGCACUGCU